AUGGCGGCAAAGACUGCAGCAGUAGACUUCGCUAGAGUAGCCAAUGCAUUAAACCUACCACAAUCAACAUUACAAUCAUUGAGUGCUUUCAGAGCUCGUAAUACAGCAGCUAGAGCAGCUCUCUCUUCAUUAAAAUCAACUAAAUCAGACAUUGAUUUUAAUCAUUAUCGUUCAGUUUUAAAAAAGAAUACGGCUGUGGUAGAUAAAUUAGAAUCAGUUUGGAAAUCGUUUGCUCCUGUUGAAUAUGACGUUUCUACUCAAAUUAAAGCUAUUGACGUUUUCGAAUCAAAGGCCGUCUCCUCGGCUACCGAAGCUUCACAAAAGAUUCAAGAAGAGUUAGCAGCCUUAGAUGUUACUCUUAAGAACAUCGAAGGAGCUCGUCCAUUCGAAGAAUUAACGCUUUCUGAUAUCGAUAAGGCUGAACCUAGAAUUGCCAAGACUGUUGAAACUAUGGUCAAGAAGGGUAAAUGGACUGUCGAAGGUUACAAUGAAAAAUUCGGUAGUCUAUCAGUCAUGUGAUUUGCGAUCAAUUAACAAAAUGUCUUCAGGUCAUCGUAGUAUCUUACAAUCUGGAGAUCUUAGAUCCUACUACAAUGUAUCUUUCAAUAUCUCAAGUGUUUUUUGA